AUGGCCUCCAACGGCUCCGCUGGAAUUCGGGAAUCUCCCCUGGAUCCGGGAAUUUUCCUGGAUGAGGAGCUGGGAUCCGACUGGUACAUCUACGAAUCCACGGAAUCCGCGGUCCGGGAUGACCUUUUUCCCGAGGCCACCCCGGAAUGCCAUCCCACCAUUUCCCCCCGGCUCUACCACACCGUCAUGGCUCCCAUCUCCCUGGCCGUGAUCCUGGCCUUGUUCUUCCUGGUCAAGCGUCGCCGACUCCGUCGGAGCUGCUGGAACGGGGUCCCGGGAUUGCUCAGCCCCGGGAAUUCCCUGGAUGAGGACGUUCCCCGGCCCGUGGCCGCCGCCGCCUUCGCGCUGCUCUUCUCCUCGCUCUGCCAGCUGCUGCUGGACCCCGACCCGCUGCCGCUGGCCGCGCCCGCCGCCCCCAGCGCCCGCGAGUUCUGGAAGGUGCUGGCGCUGCUGUACUACCCGCUGCUCUACCUGCCGCUGCUGGGCUGCGCCGCGCCGCGCCGCGCCCUGGCGCACGCCGCCGGAGCGCUGCUGGCCUGGGGACACUGCGGGACACAGCUGGCGCAGCGCCUCCAGUGUCCCCUGGCGCACAAGGUGCACCCGCUGUACCCGGCGCUGUCCCAUGUCCCCAUCCUGCUGUCCCUGGCCCUGCUCAGCCUCUGGUACCCGGCGCUGCUCAUCCGCAGCCUGGGCCGCGGGAACGCCUCGGAGCCGCAGAUUCCCGGGAAAAGCUAUUACGGGAAGUACCUCAAGGCCCUGCUGUCCAAGCGGGGCCGGAAGGGGAGCUCGGCCAAGAUCGAGGAGAGCCUCCGGUCCCGGAUCCGCUCCUACCUGCUCUCCUACGUCUACAUUCCCGAGGAAGGAUUCCAGAUCCCGCUGAAGCUGGUGGUGUCCGUCAUCAUGGCCGUCAUCGCCGUCUACCAGGUGUCGGUGCUGCUGCUGCUGGCGGUGGUGCCGGCGCUGCGGAUCAUCCGUGCGGGAAUGACGGUGGAUGUGGUGGUGCUGCUGGUGCAGUUCGGGCUGGUGCCCUCGGACCCCGCCGCCGCGCCCGGGCGCAUGGAGCGGGAGCUGCGCACCGCCCGGCACUACCUCUGGGCGCUGGAGGUCUGCUACAUCUGCGCGCUGGUGCUGUGCUGCCUGCUCACCUGCGCCAUGCUGCUCCGGACGCUCGGCCUCCAGCUGAUGCAUCCCAAGCACCCGGCUGCGGGAAGAGCGCGUUCCCGGCGGAUCCGGGCGCGCUGGUGCGUGGCCUACACGCUCCUGCGCAACCCCUCGCUGACGGCUUCCCGAAAAACCGCGCUGGCAGAUCCCGCCGCCAACGGUGCCCAGCUCGGCGUUCCCAGGCCCUGA